CGGUCACUCAUAGAAGACAAGUAGGCUAGAUUUCUGGAUACUUCGUCGCAGCUGGCGGUCUCACUAGAUAGCCAGCGAACUGUUUUUUAAUGUGAAAUGACGAGAUGCUUCCACGACUGUAGGACAGACCGUAAUUUGCGAAGUGAAACACAUUACUAUGGUUAGCUUUGCAAUCACUGUUAACAUACAACUCUCUGGUUUUACAAUAUGCAUUGGAAAAUGUUGGCUAGGUAACUAGCUUACUCGCUAAAAUGUUAGAACUGAUGACAUUCGCGUGGCGCAUGUUUCCCGUCGUAGCUAGAAAGUAGCUGGGCUAACUACCAGCUUCACAAGUUGUAGCAACAACAGAUAACAUCACACCUAGCUGCUAAUUUGACUGUAGUUUGAAAAUAAUUAGCUAGCCAUCUUAUAAGCUUGGUCUUUCAAUUGACUGUUAAAUGUUAAACCAACUGACACCAAUUUUAGUAAUUAGGCUAGAUGCCAUCUGGCUACAGUAUUCAGUGUAGUUUGUCUUGAUCCGAAGGCUAAUUUACGGGUUAGUCAGCUAACUAGAUAUCUGGCCAGACAGCUUGUCAAUGAUUUUAAAGGAUAACGUACUUUACUAGCUACACCGUCUGUUGGCUAACAAAUGCGUGUAUGUUUCAGUUUCACCCAUGAUUAUUCUCUGGGGUGGACGAGGGCUACUGGGGCAGGGUGGCUGAAGUUCACGUGGUUGAAAAAAAUGUACGUAGUCUAGCUAGAUAAUGUUACAUAACUGGCAAGUUACAUGCUGUCAAAUAUCGAGUUAACUGCAUUCUGAGAUCGUAGCGUUGCUGAUGCACGAAUGGUAAUUCAUAGGCCAAUAUAGGCGCAUUUAACGUCAGGUCAUUAAAAUAAUAUCGUGCAUUAUAAGAAAAUGUAUAACAUGCUCGACAUCCUUUAUCGCUAGACACAUUCGUGUGCUGAGAGAGUUGCAACAACUUGGAUACACUGUAUCCUACCAAAUUUUAUGCGUUAUGUGCUCAGCUUCUUAACUCCGAAUUAUAAUUUCCUCAAAAAUACUUCCUGUAGCACACAGCGUCUGUUAAUAUCCGCCACGUUUGCUUUGCAAAUCUUGUCCAUCCCAAUGCAAAAUCGCAGCAAACCGUCUGGUCAUACAGCAUAACGCAUUGGCUGAAGCUGGUCUUCCUUUAAAUGUACAGUAGCCCCGUUACACAGCGACCGUCGAGAAGUGUGCGUUGCAGGAAUAUGGACACAGACAAUGUGCAAAAGACUGACUCGAUUACUGGAUUAUAAUUACAUUAUAAAUGCACUGUAAACGUUUUGGUACGCAUUUUACAGUGUAUAACAUUAUCAUUGAAUACAAUAUUCAGCUUUAUAUAUUUGGCGACACUAGACUCUGACUUAAAUGGCUGGAAGACAUCUCCGGGUUACCUCGAGAUUCCCGCUUGCGCGUCCAGAUGUGUGUGGAAAAUGGGUUGCGGCUAUGAGACGGAACAACUUCAAACCAACAAAAUACAGCAAUAUCUGUUCGCAGCAUUUCACAAGAGAAUGCUUCAAACGGGAGUGCAACAACAGAGUGUUGAAGGAAAACGCAGUACCUUCACUCUUCUGUUUCAACAGAUUACAUAAAAAGGAAGAAGCCCUAGACGACCCAGAUCUCCCGGAGAUGGACUUCCAAAUGGUGCUGCCUCUCCCCGACUCCGAGCAGACCCAGGCACUGCAGCCGGAGCAGCCGGAGCAGUCGAACCCUCAGGUACAGGCGGCAGUGAACUCUGACCUCACGUCAAGCAUGGCCGUCUCCUGUGACCACAACUACACGGUGGAGGACACGGUGCAGCAGAAGAAGCGCAUUGAGCAGCUGGAAGAGCAGGUGGAGAAGCUGCGCAAGAAGCUGAAGACGGUGCAGCAGAAGUGCCGCCGUCAAGAGCGGCAGCUGGAGAAGCUGAAAGCCAUGGGGGAAUUCUACAAGGCCAGCAAGGACCCGGCCGCCUUGGGAGAGAGCUAUGUCAUACUACCCAAAGAGCUCUACGAUAUUCUCAAAGGAAUUGAGUCCAUCAAUGGCUUGUAAUGACUAAUGACCUGGCCAUGGCAGGGAAAGACUUUUUUUUUUUGUUGUUGUUGUUGUUGUGUUGUCUCCUUUGGUUGUCCAUAUAAGUUUUAUCUUAAGUGGCGGUCCUUCUAAAAUCCCCUACUUUAAAGUUAUACUUGAAUCAGUUUGCCCCAUUUACUAAUGUGAGUGGGAUAUUUUAGUUUUUUCAAGCUUGCAUCGCAGUAAGGGCAAGUAUCCCUAAAAGGGUUGUGUAAAGCCUGGCCCUUUUAGUGUUACACAUCACCAAGGUAAGGCAAUUAAAGUGGUUCUGAAAAGAUAAUGAUUGUGUAGCAUUUCUUAGCCACAGAGGAACUGAACUUAUCCUUUAAUGUGAAUUGAAAUCAGCUCAAAAUAGAGGCUUGAAAUAUUUACAGUGCUCUAAUGUUCUGCAAAGAUAAAUUACACAUGUAUCUCUUCACAACCACUUGCUGUAUGCUGAUGUUAAAAAACAGUUUCCUCUCAACAAAGUAAUCCUUUCUUGGGUGCGACUGGACUGGAGGAAUUUUUUUCUGCAGUAUAACCUGCAAAUGAUAUCUCCUGGUCACAAUCAGAAUUUAAGUUCAAUUUACCACGCUCCAUCAAAGUGUACAAAGGCUUAUUUCAAAGUAUUAGAUUAAAAGGAAAGAACAGAUGAUGAACACGCAUUCACAAUAAAUUAAUAUUACUCCCUCAACUUUUCAAAUUCAAACAGUAUAUUUCUUGAUUUGUUUGAAACCACUGAAGUAGUAUUGGAAUGUCAGUUUUUCCACUCAAAGAUCUGCCUUUUUAAGACCCAGUGAGGUUGGCGAAAUUGUUGUGCCAGUAACUACACUGUUCUAUGAUAAUAGUGAAAUGUGAAGUAAAUAAAGAGGACCAUAAUGUAUGAGUUUUUGGCUGUUCGGGAUCUUUAUCUGGCACCUAGCUAUCAAAUUAUGUUUCAUUUGCUUGAGGUUAGCCAGUUUUAAAGCCUUUUCUGUUGCUAGCCAGCUUGAUAACAAGCAUUUAUUUAUAUUCCUCAGCUAUGUUUGGUGGGGGAAAAAACAAGACAAAUGGCUAAGCAGCCAUUUGAUGGCGGUCAAAUUAUUUGCAGCUUUCCUGCUUGCAAUUUUGUUUACAUAAAGGGGAGGAUUUUUUUAUUGUGAGUACAUGUUCAUGAUCUGCUUAUAUUUCAUUUUUAGUAAAGAACACAAACUGUAAAUUAUUGAUGGGAUAAAAUGAAACUGUAGUGUAGUGAGUACAGAUGUUUUUCAUGAUUAAGUGUUAGUUUUCCUCAAUUACCAUUCAACACCAAAUUAUUUUUCCGGAGGCCAAAAAAGCAUGUAGCUUUUGGAAGGAGGAGCAGAUGAUGCAGCAUACUUCAGAAAAGAGCUGCAGCAUUGCAGGUGUGUGUGCCUCUUGUAAACUAAUUUAGAAAAAACACUGAUUGUUACAGGUUGGAAUUAGCAUAGCAUCUUCAGUCAUGGAGUCAAAGAAUACACAUAUGCUUACAGACCACAGAAGAUUACAGAUUUUACUGAAAAAUGAUUUGAUCGUAUUUGAACAUUGAGAAUUUAUUGGAUGUUAGUUUACUGUGGUAUUAGGCAUGGAUUUGUUUCUGUUUACAGACGAUUCAAUUUCAAACAUACUUUUAACAUUUGUGACGCUCAUUCGUUCAGAGGACAGUGGUACAGAGGACUGUAAACUGAAAUAUUGGUAAACGUUUAUGUAUGAAGAAUAAUUUGGCCAAAGUACAUGCAUGAUAUUGACACAUGCAUGAUAUUGAUUAGACUCUUAUUGGGAUUUUUUGUGGAGGUCACCUGGAUUAUACUGACUACCUCUCUCAGUACUACAGGAAGUUGAGCCAAGAUGCUUGAUACUGGUUAAUGUCUCCAUUGCUUCACAAUACCUCUAGAUUCUGUGUUGUCCUUUAACAGGUUAACUCAUUGGUCAGAGGGAUGAAAGAUGCAGCUGAGGGGUGCACAACUCCGGUCCUGGAGAGCUUGUCCGCAUGCUGGUUUUUGUUCCAACCAAUCUAUGCUAUAAACUACGCUGGAUCACUCCUGUACUUGAGCACAGUAGAAUCUUUACAAUAGGCUACAUGUGCAGUCUGCAGCUGUAGCUGGUGCUUAUACAAAUUUCAGAUGAAGGUAUGAUUGAGCUAAUUAAAUACCGUAAUAGCAGAAUUUGGCACAAAAUCCCGAAACGGAUCAGCUCUCCUGCACUCCUGAUACAGCUGGAAUUAAAAGUGGAACCAGUUAUGCUGGGACUUUUACGAGCUACUUUUCCCCAAAAUUCACAGAAAAUACUAGUUGACAUGCAUCUUCUCAAUUUGGAUUUUUAUUUAUGUAUAGUAAAGCCUAUGAAGAUGGAGGACCUCCAUGCAUUUAUGUUUAGAAAAUAUAUAUGAAAAUGCGGAAGCGCUGUUGAACUACGGUAUAAAGUGUAAUAUGUACUAUGGAUUGUAGAUUAUUUGUGUGGUUCCUAAUGGAAAAUAACAGUGUGCUUUUUACUUCUUUUUUAUUUUUAUUUUUUUUGCUCAGUUUUCUGAGCUGGUUAAGGAAAGCCAUAUUUCAAAGGGACAACUACUGGACCUAAACCAGACGUAUUAUUGCAUAAAGACAUAGUUGCCUUAAGCCCUCGCUAAACUGAGUGGACUGUUUUCAUAUAGUAUGACCGUUUGCCACAGUUUCCCUAUAAAUGAACAGAACUGUUUCGUAUUGCAGUGGAAUGCAAGUGAACAUGUUUCUGUAAUAGUCACUGUUUAUAAUUUUACAUAGUCGCUUAGCAAUGUCCCUGUCCAGGGCCACUUGCAUUGCUCAACCCAUGCACCACCCCCCCCAACGCCCACCCCCAUAAAUUCCCCCAGAUGCCAUUCAUUUUACAGCUGCGCAUUUAAAGAUUACAAAGUAAUGAUGGCAACCAUCUGGCCACAUUAUCUGGGUCCUUAACCAUGAAUCUAUACUGCUGCCCUGCUAUCAAGCUCUUCAUUCACCGCUCAUUAAAUUGAUGGUAUGACAAGCUGUGUUAAAAGAAUAUAAACUGUGUCCGGUCUUUUACAGUCACAUAUUUCAGCCUUUUGGAUCGAGAUGUGGACUUUGAGUGUUCCUGUGGAUCUCCUCUUGAAUUCAUGAAUGUUAAUCACAAAAUCAGUAAUUGAAUAUUGUCAGAAGAAUUGUAAUUCAGUGUAUGUUAACAAUGGUGGAAAUAUGCAUUGAAAGACUGAAAGAACAAGUAUUUGCUUGAGCCUUACAAUAUUUUUUAUAACUGGCAUAGCCCAAUACUAGCCAUUGUCCGGGCAUGCAUUAGUACCUCCCAGGGAUUAAUUUUCUACUACUUAUAAACCUUUUCCUGGAAGAAGGAAAAUUAAUUUCUAGCUCCAAUCAAAAAUGUAUUAAAUAGAGCUGCUGGAAGGUUCGUCCCAUUAAGACACUGUUCCAGUGUGUGGAUGGAGCACAGAGUCUGGCCUCGUCAGUAUCAACACUGUCCCUGUACUGGCAGGCACCCUGCAGAAUCAGGCACAGAGGCACUCAUGGAGGGAAAGAAUCGGCGAGGGAUAAGAGUGUGUCCCAUCACUUGUCAACAACCUCCUCUCUUCAGCCAGUGUACACAGUCUGCAUGCACACGCUGCACAUGGGCUGCACUUCCAGCUGAAGGUCUGUAUGACCUCACCUAGUGAAGGGAAGCAGUCGGUGACGUGUGCAUUUCAGAGGCAGGUGCAUGCUUGCCUGUGCUCUUUUAACAUGGGAGAAAACCGCAGCAGUCCGUUUGGCUAACAAAUACAACGGGCAUUCAAAAUUGUGUGAAUUUGAGAGGAAAUUUUUAAAAAUGUAUUAAAUUAUAAAUAUGUAAACUACUGAUCAGUUGUCAGAGAACAGCCAUACUGUAUGUGCCCUUUAAGGGGUGUUCAUUAUCUAAACAGCACUUUAAUACAAAACAAAUUUGCUUUCAUUUUUCCGUUAUCAUUUCAUUAUGGUUGCAUUAUUACUCUAUAGCAAAUGCAUUCUCAUGUGGGUAUUCUGCAGUGAAGUUUAAUUGCACAGAGGAACUGUUAAAAAUGUUUAUUGCUGUAUACACAGGUAUGAAUGUGUGGAUGUUAUGCUUGUAAUAAAUAAAAAUUAAUGGAGAUGA